CUUAGGAAAGUGGGAAACCGCACAAAGUGGAACAAAAUAGAAGCAAAAUUAAGGGAAGGCUACAGCCCUCAGGUCUCAGCCCCCCUCUCCUGUUCCGCGGUUCAAAUUUACAAAAUGCGGUCUCGGAAACGUGCUCAAUGAAUGAGCUAAAGAGUAGAGAUUACGUGUGUCUGAGAUGUCUGAGUGGCCUUUGAGAUUUCAGAAUUUCAGAUCAACAAGCGUGACCGCAAAGCCGUCUGGGAGAAGAAAGCAGCCAUUUUGAAAUUCAAUUUACCUGGAGUUGUAGUAUUAAAACCAAGCACGUAAUUUUUAUCGAAUAUUUCGAUUUUAUUCCUGGUUAAUUUCGUGCGGAUAAAAUACAAAGGGAAAAAUACAUUAGCUGCUUGUUGAAAGGUCCUGUGUCAAUAUCGAGUGGCGCUUAUAUGAUAACAGUUCUUUGAGGAGUACGAUAAGUUUGGAGGUUUUUGUUGGUAUUAAGCUGUGUCUUAGUGUGUCUGAGCUGUGCAAAAUGUCUGCGAUUGCUGAUAAUAAACGCAGUAACAAAAGGGCGAAGAAGAAGCGUGCUGCACGCACAUCGAAAGACGAUGAAAGCCAAUAUGAAAUCUCGUCGACUGUGAAAAACAUGACAUUGACUUCGAAAACUGAUUUCAAUACAUCGAUCCCUUUGUCUGAGGUUGUGAAGAAAUCUAGCUUUACACCAUUUCUUGAUGGUGAAAGGUGCAUUCUGUGUCACGAAAAGAGGCCUGCCCCAAGAUCUUCAGAUAAAUGUCUCGAGGCUCGCGAAGCAUUGUUUGGUACGCAAAAUCUUGUUGAAAAGCUGCCGUUGUGGGUAUGUCCGGAUUGUCGUAAGAAAGUUGAAGAGGAUGAAGAAAAAGGAGGAUUCGAGUCGAACGUCCAUUCAGUCGACAACGAUGGAAGAAUACAGUCAUGGGAAAGCAAUACCAACUCAUAUGUGUCAGAGGAAUCCAAAAAAGAUCUUUGCAGUUGUAACGUAUGUGCUGGUAAAAGGCAUUUGGUACCAGCGAAGACCAAGGAGAUUGAAGAGCUACAGUUUUCAUGGUCGGAGGUAAAACACUUCGUACGAUGUGUUUAUAGAAAAGCUGGCACAACCUUAGCAGAUGACGAUACUUUAUCCAAAACAUCGCUUGACAUGGACCGAAUGAAGCGUCACACCGAAAAAUUAACAAAAAAAGAUGCGUACCAGCUGUAUCAACGACUCGAAGUUCAAGCCAGAGAGUAUCUUAAUGAAGUCAGAGUAAGCCUCGUGAAAUUUUACUCCUCGACGUCCUCUAACUCAUUGCAACAUGCCAAAGAUUGCGUCAUGACGCUACUGGACGAGUACAAAUCGUUGUGCGUGGCCACGGAUAUACUCAAACCGUUUUUUCAAAAACUGGAAGAUGAUUUGUUGGUGAAAUGGAAAUGGUCUUGGGAGCUGAUGAACAAGGAAUUAUUUAAAGAGGAAAUCUUUCACGAUUCGAUCAUCGGUCUGAAUUUCCCGUUGUUAUUCCAGCAAUUAGUAAGAAGUGAAACGUCAACAUCUGGAAACGACGAAAAUCAUAAAUCGGAGAUCAUGAAGAGAUUUGAGGCUUUUACUUGGGAAGUGACGGACGUCGACGAUAGAUGGUUGGCAACAAAGCCGCUAUUGGAAAUAUACGAACGCGAAAACGGUAGUGAAAAAAGAGGGGAGUUCGAGAACUGGGACGAGCCAUUAAAGAACACUAAGCGAGAAAACAGAUGCACGUGUGGUCACUGCGACUUUCUCACAUCUGAAAGUACAACGGUAUCCAUCAAACGACCCUUGCCAUCAUCCCAUAUUGCUAACCCAUAUUGUUCUUGGAAUGCGCAGAUUGGUUGUAGGAAUGGAACCGAGUUGACAUCAACGUCCCCGACGGGCAUGUUUCUCGAUCGUUUGUCGACGUCAAACUGCGCGUCGUGCAUGCGUGAGGCACUUCAUUCGUUCUGCUUUGAUCAGAACACGUUCCCUAACACCUGUCAGUAUCAUACCGACCACGAUCCUCCCAAACCCCCCAGCCAUCCCAAAUCGUCCCAAUGUCUUUAUCAGAGUUCCUAUGAUCCCUUCUUGUACAAUAACGAUCCCCUUUCUCCCGAAACUGCUUCGUCCAUACAGAACCUGUUAGUUAAUGGCACCAGUGGAAAUCGUUGCCAAAACAAUCCUUGUUGUACGCAACAUUAUGGUCAGUGUGAUGACAAAAGAUACAAGGAACAAAAGGGACAUUGCAUACCCCCGAGUAUCACAAUUCCAGGAAACGAUUCAAAUGUGGAAGCACCUCCUUCAUCUCCGUCCAGUGACCGUAGUGUAGGUGAUGGUAGCUCGUGUGAUUCUCCUCCUAGUCCGUGCUCCUUAUCCGAUGAUAGCAAGUCAAAUAAUGGCAAAUAUUGUGAUUGUUGUUAUUGCGAAUUUUUCGGACAAGGCAAUCCUCCUGUCGCUCAAACUAGCCAUAACUUCGUCGAAAUGCGAGAAAAACUAAGAUCACGUUUGAAGGAGAGAAAGGCGAUCGAUUUCCCGGAUAAUCCAAAAGCUCUAAGGUGUAUUACAGAUACUCGCUCCGUUGAUGAAUUGCUGACGUUCAUAAACGGCGAUGAAGAAAGGAAUGUAUCAAAUAAGACUGCUACUAAAGCAGCUAAACGGCAGAGAAAAAAACAGAAAAAGGCUGUGGAAAAGGGUGAUAUUUCUUGUCAAGACUCCGGUCUGUCCGAGCCCAAGGGCAAGCAAGAGGGACGACCUCUCAUAUGUAAGGUCGAAUCAGAAAAAGCUUCACAACAAGAGUCGGACAAAAGGAAAUCGCAGGAAAGUUUAACUGAGAAAAAAAACGCUGAAAAUUAUUUAAAGUCUCUAAAUAACAUAACGAAGCAGGAAGAAACGACAGCCAAACACGGUCAGGGUGUGGGAGUUAAACUAAAGACGGUGAAUCAUGCGAACGUGCAAAAGAAAAACAAGGCAGAGAAAGAAGUUGUCACAAAAGACGGUGAACAUAAGAAAACGAGGAUGGCAAAUGGCUACAGCAGUAAAUGUGCGAAUUUUGUGGAGGAAUCGCACGAGCAAAGGUUUUCUGCUGGAAAGAAAGACGAAAGUAAAUGCUGCGAUGAAGAGGAGGUUCCAUCUCAAGAAACAGACUAUCAAAAAAGAAAAACAAAAAAUCGUAAGAAAAAGAAAGCUCAGUGUUUAGAUGAUGUUUUUCUACCGAAAGAUAAUUCCAAAAACGGUCAUGACGGCGAAGUAGAUGAAGCCGAACGCGAAAUCGAGGAAUUUAAACGGUUUUGUGCUAAUGUUGCUCCUGUGACCAGAAAAUUGAAGUUGCCAGCGAAUCUCAACUUGAAAAAUCUUAACCUAUCCUUGAAGAAGAGCUAACGCAGUCGACAAACAAAUCACUCUUUAAUAAAUGUUUUCAAAAGCA